CAUUUUUAAAGUAUGGCGUCGAAAGGCAAGGUUGCUGGAAAAUUGGGCAAAAACGUGAAGAAGGCUGGCGCUAAGAAGCAGGAAUAUGCUCCGUUUCUUAAGGUUAUCAUACCAGCAGCAUCGGCUGUUGCGGCUCCACCACUGGGUCCCCAGUUAGCACAGAGAGGUGUUCAGAUUGCAUCAUUUUGUAAAGAUUUUAAUGCACUGACUGCAGAAUACAAACCAAAGGUGCCCAUGAUAGCUGAAGUAAAAAUCAAUGUAGACAGAACUUAUAGCAUAAGUCUUGUAAGCCCACCUACUUCUUAUUUCCUGAAACAGGCAGCAGGAAUGAAAAAGGGAGCUAUGAAAACAGGUCAAGAAGUUGCUGGAAAACUGUCACUGAAACAUAUAUAUGAAAUUGCAAAAAUUAAAGAAACUACAGACAAUAGAUUCCGUGGGACUUCCUUAGAAGCUAUAUGUAAAACAUUAAUUGGACAGUGUCAUGAUAUUGGAAUAGAAGUUGUGAGAGACUUGAAACCAGAAAACUAUGGGAAAUUCCUUGAAGAACGUCAACAAAUUGUUCAAGAACAAGAGGAAGCCCUUGAAGCAAAGAGACAAGCAAAACUAUUAAGGACAUGAUAAGAAACGUAAAUUUGAAGUUUUGCGAUUUUUGAAAUGAAUGUAAUAAAAUAUUAUUGAAGCACUUUCACAGAA